GUUUUGGCUAGCACCAAAGAACAUACUAAAAGAGCAUCAGGUUAGAGACACAAAAAAAUGGGUGUGGCUCUUAUUUCCUCUCCAGCAUUUCCCAGCGUCUUUCUAUUCUCAUUGAUUACAGUGUGUCUCAUUCCUGAGCUCACACUGGCUGCAGGCAUUACCAGGCACUACAAGUUUGAUAUCAAAUUACAAAAUGUCACACGACUGUGCCACACAAAGAGCAUUAUUACUGUAAAUGGGCAGUUUCCUGGGCCUCGCAUUGUAGCUAGGGAGGGUGAUCACCUUCUUAUCAAUGUGGUUAACCAUGUCCAGAACAACAUCUCCAUCCAUUGGCAUGGAAUUCGACAGCUUCAAACAGGAUGGGCUGAUGGACCAGCAUAUGUGACUCAAUGUCCCAUACAAACUGGCCACAAUUAUGUGUACAACUUCACCAUUGUUGGCCAGAGAGGCACUCUUUUUUGGCAUGCCCACAUUUCAUGGCUAAGAUCAACUGUCUAUGGUCCUCUAAUCAUUCUUCCCAAGUGUGGUGUUCCUUAUCCAUUCACCAAACCCUACAAUGAAGUUCCCAUUAUCUUUGGAGAGUGGUGGAAUGCAGAUCCUGAAGCAGUCAUUACCCAAGCUCUGCAAACAGGAGGUGGCCCUAAUGUCUCUAAUGCAUAUACCAUCAAUGGACUUCCAGGGCCACUAUAUAACUGCUCAGCCAAAGACACAUUCAAGCUAAAGGUGAAGCCUAGGAAGACUUACCUUCUUCGGUUCAUCAACGCAGCACUCAAUGACGAGCUAUUUUUCAGCAUUGCAAACCACACCCUCACAGUUGUUGAAGCAGAUGCCGUUUAUGUUAAACCUUUCGAGACCAACACGCUUCUCAUAGCCCCAGGACAAACCACAAAUGUUCUUCUUAAGACCAAACCCAAUUUCCCAAGUGCCACAUUCUUCAUGACUGCUAGACCAUAUGUGACUGGCCUAGGCACUUUUGACAAUUCUACUGUUGCAGGUAUCUUAGAAUAUGAAUUUUCAUCCAAAACAAAAAGCCUCUCAUCAAACAUUUCCAUCAAAAAGCUUCCACUCUUCAAACCUGUUCUCCCUCCUCUCAAUGACACUUCCUUUGCUACAAAUUUCUCAAACAAACUUCGUAGCUUAGCAAGUGCUCAAUUCCCUGCUAAUGUCCCACAAAAAGUUGACAAGCGCUUUUUCUUCACAAUAGGCCUUGGAACAAACCCUUGUGAUCAGAAUAACCAAACCUGCCAAGGUCCUAAUGGAACAAGGUUUGCAGCUUCUAUCAAUAACAUAUCUUUUGCAGUACCAACCACAGCUCUUCUACAAGCCCAUUUCUUUGGUCAAUCAAAUGGAGUUUACAACCCCAACUUUCCUAUCAGUCCCUUAAUUCCCUUUAACUAUACUGGCAACCCUCCAAACAACACUAUGGUGAGCAAUGGGACAAAGCUAGUGGUUCUGACUUUUAACACUAGUGUAGAGCUUGUCUUGCAGGACACAAGCAUUCUUGGCGCUGAGAGCCACCCUCUACAUCUGCAUGGCUUUAAUUUCUUCGUUGUUGGGCAAGGUUUUGGGAACUUUGAUCAGAAUAAAGACCCAGAAAACUUCAAUCUUGUUGACCCAGUUGAAAGAAACACCGUGGGUGUGCCUUCAGGGGGUUGGGUUGCUAUCAGGUUUUUAGCAGAUAACCCAGGAGUAUGGUUCAUGCAUUGCCACCUGGAGAUCCACACAAGCUGGGGUUUAAAGAUGGCUUGGCUAGUCUUAGAUGGAAAGCUCCCAAAUCAGAAGCUGCUUCCUCCACCAGCAGAUCUUCCUAAGUGUUGAUCUUUGACUCACUUCUUGAUUCACAGCAACUAGAAAUUGCCCCUACUAUCCUUUUUAACUUAUUUUAGUUUUUUGGCCCUGCCUCGGCAUUUUUUUUUAUUGAUCUUCAAUAAGUAUUUUGUUCAUCCAUAUGGAGCUAGGUAUAGAAAAAGAGUGGGAGUUUUUUUUUUUGUAACAAUUUCAAAUUAAGUGUUAGUGUAGUGAAGCCUCAAUAAAUUCCCUCAAUAAUA